CUUGCGCACGGGCGCGGCGGUGGGGGCGGGGCGCUCCCAGGCCUGCCCUCGGCGCCGCGGGGCGGGCGCUCUCUCGGCGCUCGCCGCCAUGGCUGCCCCCGCGCUCCGCCGGGGCUGGCUGUGGAGCAGGAGGGCUGCUGGCGCCGCGGCAGGCAGAAGAUGUCUUCUUUCUGCAGCAUAUGUGGACAGCUCAAAAUGGGAAAAGAGGAAAAAAGAGGAGCAUAGCCUGGCUGAAUUAGCCACCUUAAUGGACAGAACCUAUGAAAGAAAGCUGCCUGUCAGCUCUUUGACAAUAGCCCGGUUUGUUGACAACAUUUCUUCACGAGAGGAGGUGGAUCAAGCUGAAUAUUACCUUUACAAGUUUCGGCAUAGUCCAAAUUGCUGGUAUUUGAGAGACUGGACUAUCCACAGCUGGAUCAGGCAGUGCUUAAAAUACAAUGCAGAAGACAAAGCCCUGUACACAUUAAAAAACAAGGUUCAAUAUGGAAUUUUCCCAGAUAAUUUUACAUUCAAUAUUUUGUUGGAUUGUUUUAUAAAGCAGAAGAAAUAUGAAGAUGCUAUGUCAAUAGUAACAGAGAUCAUGUUGCAAGAAAGUUUUGAUGAAUUCUCAACACAGCUUCUUUCUCUUUAUGUCUUAUACCAGUACCUGGCAACCAAGUCUGAACAUACGUGGGAAGAGGAGAGAAAUCUUGGCGCAUCACUGGUGCUUACUGGUCUAAAGCAAACAAGCACUGUGGGUUUUAGCUCCCAGCUGUAUGGCUAUGCAUUCCUUGGGAAAGUGGAGCUGAAUAAAGGGCUAAGAGCUGUAUACAAUCUAAUGCCACUGAUGUGGACACCUGGAUACUUGAAUAGAGCCUUGCAAGUCAUGGAGAAUGUAGCUUCAUUGUCAGGGGACAGCAAAAUCUGCAAAGAAGCUAUUGAUAUUGUGGAGACCAUUUUGCGGUCUGCCCUUGAAGCAAAACCUGAUCCAGAACCACCAGAAGAAGUCAAGAAGGCAGAGCAGAAGUCACAGUGUGCAGAGUCAGAAGAAACUGAGCAGUCUAAAAUACCUGAUUACUACAACCGAUUCAAGGAGCUGUACUCUAAGCUGCAUUCACUUGGCAAGGUUGAAUCUGAAAGCCUGUUAACCCUGACCACCCAACUUGUCAAGGAAAAGCUGCCAGCAUGUGAAGUGGAAGACAUUGCAAAACAUGAGCAGAAGCUAAAGGAGUGGGAGCAAGAACAAGCACUUCUUAUGGAGAGAGAAAGAGAGAUGAGAGAAAAGGCUAAGCAGGAACUGGAAGCUAGGAAGCUGGCUAACGCAUCUGUUUAAUACUGAAACGCAAAGACUAGUGUUACACAUUCUUCUGGUUCAAAUAUGUUGAGCCCAGGCUGAAGCUGAAACUCCUCUCAAACAGUGAAGAGACAAGCUUUUAUCCAGGCCUAGACUUUAAGUAAACUGUGGCGAAUGCCCGUGUGGGAUAGUGCUACCCUUCAGGAGCAAUUCUUCUGCACUGCGGGUAGACCAGGUAUUCUGCGUGAGGCCUGGCUCGUCACCAGGCUGUCCCACCUAUCACCGGGACAGGAAUUUCCCUACUAAACGCUUUGUGGGCAGCUCUUGUCUCUGGGGCUGGAUGAAGGAAAUCAAAUCCAAAAACCUGCUGCAGUCAAAGCCAUCUCCCACAGACGCACAGGUCCCAGGCCGCUUGUGGCUUGAAAAGUCCGUUUUGCCAAGCCUGAUCCCUGCCCCACACCAGGCCCCAGCCAAUUAUUUCUUCACCAUCCAGCGCCUCCAUCUAGCCCAGGUCUCACCACUACCUCCCUCAGUAGCAACCAGCUUCUGCCAAACCAGUUUUUUCUAGCUUAGCAAAGUCUCACAUUCCCGCAAGCCAUAAGCCUGCCUAUACCCUCUUGAAUUCACCAGCAACCCUCUUUGCCAGCUUUCCCAGCUUCCCCUUUGAUAUCCCCCAUCAUGUUCCUCCCAUACAUCAUCUCAUGUUUAUUCUCUCACCACAGCAAGGCCGUGUCUCUUUGCUCCCUUGUCCCCGACAGCCAUGCACCAGUGCCUGUGCAGGCUACAGCACAGGCUACUGAGCCCUGGGGCACCUCUAGGCAUCCAGCCCCCACAGGCAGCUCCCCCAAGGGGUUUGCACUUCCCUUGGAAAUAGAAAUUAGCAUCUGUAGUGUGUCUGUCUGCGGGGGGGUGGGGGCGGGGGCAAAUAAUAACCUACAAGGUGCUCUCUGCUUUGGUGCUCUCUCUCAUCUGCAAGCUGCUGGUGGGCCAAUACUGGGGCAGACAGAUACCGUGAGAAGGAAAGAUUCAGAGCUCCUUAGAGAAGAGCACUGUUGAGGCAUGUGCUCAGCCACUCGAGGGAGACACAGCCGAUAAUUCACCACACAGGCAGCAGUGUGGAAAAUAGCAGAAUGGCAGCUAACUCUGUUUGACUUAUCUGCUUUUCUCUUUCUCACUCCAGGAGAAGUGAGAUAGAUUUGAUUCCUCCACCCUUGCACAAAUAAUAUUGCACACACACACUUUCACAACCUGUUUUUCAGCUGCUUGCUAGACUACAUUUAAAAGGAGUUUGAACAACACACAGACAUUCCUCAGCGUAAAACAGAGCACCAGACAGUCAAAAGUCCCUCCCGUGAGCACCUGCUUGUGUGCUCGCCCGUGAUAGCCAUCACCUGCUGUGAUACAGCUGGCGACACUUAGAAGGGCUGCACAGAAGCCGCACAGCACCUUUCAUCAGCUGCUGCUCAAACAGGAGCUGGGGCACCAAGGGAAAAAGAUAUGUGUGUAUAUACGCACACAUAAAGAAAAUGAUUUAUGUAUUUUCUAGAACCACAAAAACCGCUGAGUCCCCCCAGUCCUGCUCCCUGAUGCUCAUUUGAUGCGAGCUCCCUAGGAAACUCUCAAGCUUUCUGAAACCUUGCUGCUCUUUGCUGCACCAUUUCAGACAGCUGCUUAGAUGUUUCUGCGUGUGGAUGGGACUGUCAAAAUAUUUCCUAGAGGGGACAGACCAAGAUCUUUCUCAGUAGUAACAUUAUCUCCUUUUUUUGGAUCACCUCUCCCUCUAGAAAUGUUCCUUCACAUCCUGUUUUCUUUUGUGACUACAGCUGCAAUUUGGAUUAAAGCUACUGUGGUUUC